AUGGGCUUCAUACGCAGACACCAGCUGAGCUGUUUGUCGAACCUGACCGAUCUGGAAUUAGUGGCCAAUGGGAUCUCGGACAUCGAGGACCGUUCGUUUGAACGUUUGGGGUGUCUGAGGCGCCUGCAACUUUCCUUCAACAACAUCUCCGUGAUCCGUGAGCACACCUUCAGUGGACUCACGGCGCUGGAGACUCUAUACCUGAGCGAAAACCCACUCCUGAAUAUCGCAGAGAAGUCGUUCAAGCCGUUGGUCAACCUCGAGGAGUUGGUCCUGAGGACCCUGGGCUGCCCACUCACGCGGAUAACUGUCAGCAAACUGAACUUGACCCACAUGUUCAGCAGCAUUCCCGUUAAUCUGAGCAGCCUGACGGUCUUCAUGGGCCCGGGGCCGAUGAGCCUAGCCGCUGGUGGGGUCAGCACCACGCGACGACCUUUGACCCUUCGCCUGGUCAGCAGCAGUGUGACCAUCACGGACUGUCACGUGCCGUUGUUCAGGUCGAUCACCGCGUUCCUCGUGGCGGGCAGAGCGGUGCGCUGCGGAUCGGAGUUUAUCGGGGAGCACAUGAGGAAUCUGGAGACGUUCGAGUUCCUGUCGGACUUCCCUCCGCACCAGGCGGACCUGUCCAGCCUGAACGCACUGACCCGUCUGCGCCGGCUGCGUCUGCAGAACCUGGACCUCGUCCAGCAGCCGGGUCUGGGCAGCCUCCUGCACAACCUCACCAGCCUCCGCACCCUCGUCCUGUUCAACUGCAGCCUCGGCUACCUGGGCGCCAGCCUUGCCCGCGACCUGCGCCACCUCACCGGCCUGCUGCUCAAGGCCGAGGGUGCGGUGGACGUGUCGGUGGGCUUCGUCCAGGCGCUGCCCAGCCUGCGCUACCUGCUGCUGCAGAACCUGCAGCUCUACUGUCGCUGUGACAACGCCUGGCUGGCCGACUGGGCACGCGGGUCAGAGCAGGUGGAGGUGUGUGUGAGCCGUCCGGCGCUGGAGGACCUGCGCUGCCUGCGGGACGACACCGACAGCCCCAUCUUCCUGCGCUACGCCGAGCGCGAGUGCUUCUCGGCCGUGGGCUGCUUCUUCUUCACCUGCUCGUCUCUGGCCGUGGCGCUGCUGCUGCUGGUGCCCCUGCUGUACCGCAGGGCCGGGCCCUACCUCCGGUCCCUCUACUACAUCCUCGGCGGCUGGGCGAGCGAGCUGGGGCGUGGGGUGCCUUCCUACCAGUACGACGCGUUCGUGUCGUACAGCGGGCGCGACGAGCGCUGGGUGGUGGAGCAGCUGCUGCCGGGGCUGGAGCGGAGGGGCCCCCCCUUCCUGCGCCUCUGCCUGCACAGCAGGGACUUCCAGCUGGGGAAGGACGUGGUGGAGAACAUCACCGACAGCCUGUACCGCAGCCGCCGCACCCUGUGCCUGCUCAGCCGCCACUUCCUGCGCAGCAACUGGUGCUCGCUGGAGCUGCGUCUGGCCACCUACCGGCUGCAGGUGGAGCACAGGGACGUGCUCGUCCUGCUCUUCCUGGAGAAGAUCCCUUCGCGCCUGCUGACCGCCCACCACAGGCUGGCACGCCUGGUCAAGACCAGGACCUACAUCGACUGGCCACAGGACCCCGCCCAGCAAGAGGCAUUCUGGGAAAGGCUGUGGGCCAAACUGGCCCCUGCGAGUGAGUGA